AUGAGGGGCCGUCGUCCUCCGCUGUCGAAAGACAAUGCCGUCGAUACCAUCCCAGAAGAAGACGACCCCGCUCGAACUGCCUCACAUACGAACGUUGGUGGAGUAGCACUCAGGAAGAAGGCAACUGGAGUGAGGCACUGGCUCCUUCUUGAUUCAAUGGGUCAGGCCCAAGUUGUCGAGGCCGGUAAGCAUACUGUCAUGAGGCGAACGGGCUUACCUGCGCGCGAUCUUCGUAUCCUCGACCCUAUUUUAUCAUAUCCUUCCACCGUACUUGGCCGAGAGCGGGCUAUCGUCAUCAAUCUGGAGCACAUUAAGGCCAUAAUUACGGCACAUGAGGUGCUUUUGCUUAAUUCCAAAGAUCCAUCUGUUGCUCCUCUCGUCGAAGAGCUCCAACGCUGUAUCGUGCGGCAUCAUCACGCAACUGCAUCUCAGGAGGGAAGGGCAAAUUAUUUUGAUACGGAGUGGAGAAAUCUGUAUGAUCUGGGAGAGCCACAGUCAAAGGCCUCAACCAGCAGAGAGGUUACAGCCGACAGAAUACAUUCUCUUGAUAGCAGAGAUGGACUGAAACUCCUUCAAUUUGAGUUCAUUGCACUUGAGGCAUGCCUAGAGGCAGCCUGCAGUUCCUUGGAAAAAGAGGCAAGGACAUUGGAUGAAGAAGCGCAUCCGGCAUUGGAUAAGUUGACCACUAAGAUUAAUACUCUCAAUUUGGAACGUGUUCGCCAGAUUAAAAGUAGGUUGGUUGCUAUAACAGGACGUGUUCAAAAGGUUCGAGACGAACUAGAGCACUUACUUGAUGAUGAUGAAGAUAUGGCUGAAAUGUAUCUGACUGAUAAGAUGGAGCAGCAGCAGCAACUCGACAAUGCUUCGGUUAGCGAGCAAGCUGCUGUGGAGCAAGUUCUUCGGUCACAAAUGGAAGAUGAUGAUGAUGAUGAUGAGAGAGUUGCUGGUAUGAAAGCCAAUGAAGGUGAUAUUGAGCAGGACCAAUUUGUUGGAGGCAGAGAUAGUCGUGGGACCCGAACUAGCAAUGCACGAAGCGUUAUCAACAAACACCAUGAUGUUGAGGAACUUGAAAUGUUGUUGGAGGCCUAUUUUGUUCAGAUUGAUGGUACACUGAAUAAAUUAUCGACGCUGAGGGAGUAUGUUGACGACACGGAAGACUACAUCAACAUCAUGUUGGAUGACAAGCAGAACCAUCUUCUGCAAAUGGGUGUAAUGCUCUCAACCGCGACUCUUAUAGUAGGGGCACUCGUGGUCAUGGCUGGAGCCUUUGGAAUGAACAUUACCAUUGAGCUUUUCAAUGGUGACACCCCUGCUGACAAGGAAACUGGUAUGCGUAAAUUUUUAUUCACUGUUGGUGGUGGUACCACCGGUGGCAUCUUCUUGUAUGUUAUUGCUGUCGCUUGGUACAAGAACAAAUGGCUUCUAGACUGA